AAGGAGAAAAGAAAUCUCCAUGGGAUGAGAGCUAACAAACGUUGAAACAGAGACUGUGAGACACAGAGAGACCAAGAAAAAGCAGCUUCAGAGCAGAUAUAGAGAACGUGGAGACGAUAUCCAAGCGAUUAUCCUGGAUUUUCGAUCUGGAUUUUCUAUGUUUUUCAGUAUUACUUGAUAUUUUCCUGGAAAAUUCGUCUUUUCUCGACGCAUUUGACUCUCUCACAUGAAAUUUUGAGGAAGAUUUCCUCUGUCAGAGUCGUAGAUCUUGAGGUUGAAGAUGAUCACCUUGACGCUGUGUGUGGUGGCUAAGAAAUUGUAGGAGAACGAGUGGAAACGUGAACUAGCUGUCGUGAAAUUGCGAGAUAUGGAGAAGGAAGAGAAGAGCCAGAGAACCUAUAAAGGUCCAGAAACUGAUUUUUUCUUACAGUGGGGUAAUAGGAAGAGGCUUAGAUGUGUGAGGGUCAAAGACCCAAAUGUUUCAGUUCGAUCCAAUGGUGCUAUUCGCAGGAAAAUCACAUCUCGUAUUGAUCGCUCCGUCGUCACUGGUUCUGAGAAAGAAAGCGCUCAUCUUCAACCCAGUCGCUUCACAAGGAAUACAGAGGGUGCGACGCUUAGAUCGGUGACAAACGAGAACCGGAAAUCGGGUUCGUCGGAGAAGGAAGAUCGGUACUACACGACCAGAGGAUCGGCGGGUAUGGAUGAUAACGGCAAAGUUUCGGUUGAGGGUGGAGGAGGAGGUGAUGACAGAGGUCUGGUGUGGCCAAAACUCUAUAUUUCACUGUCCAGCAAAGAGAAAGAGGAGGACUUUAUGGCUAUGAAAGGCUGUAAACUCCCUCAAAGGCCUAAGAAAAGAGCCAAGAUCAUUCAGAGAAGCUUACUUGUAAGCUUUCUUUUCUCUUCAUCCUUUUUUCAAUUUCCAAUUCUUCUUUUUUCUGGGAAUUUGGGGUUUUUGAAGGAGUUUGAUUUGAGAUUUGAUUUUUACAUGCAGUUGGUGAGUCCAGGGGCAUGGUUGUCUGAUAUGUGUCAAGAGAGGUAUGAGGUGAGGGAGAAGAAGACUUCUAAGAAGGUGAUUUUCUUAUACUUUCUCUCUCCCUUUCUCCUCCUUCUUUUCCUCUUGUUUAUGGUGGUUUCAUCAAAUCUUGGGUUAGUGGGGUAUUUGUGUGAUCUGGUGUUUGGGUUUGUGUUGCAGAGACCAAGAGGAUUGAAGGCCAUGGGAAGUAUGGAAAGUGAUUCAGAAUGAAAGAGCAGAAGGGGGCUUUCCUUUGGUUUUUGAAUUUUGAAUUUUGAUUUCUUUCUUCUAUGGCAAGUGGGGAAGAUGAGAUGAGGCUGGCCUGUAUAGGAGUCUUUUCUAAUUUAUAAUGAGAAAAUACUUUUAUCAUUUCUUCUUCUUCUUCUUCUUCUUCUACUCCCUUCUUUGGAAUGGGCCACUCUAGACAUUGGGGGCUUUUGCAGCUCCUAGUAUUAGAGAGAGUACCCUUUCUUUUUAAGGGCAAGUUCAUAUCCUUCCCCUGAAGAAGGUAAAGUUGCUUGUAGAAUCUUCACACAUUAUGACAGUAAAAGUAAUUAUUUGCCUUUUUUC